AUGUCUGCCGAAAACAUUGAUAACCCCAUCUCCUACGAGAUCCUGGAGGACCUCGAGGAUGAUUUCGAAGAGGUUGAGCUUGAGCUCCUCCGCCAACAGGCCAAGCUCACCAAGGACCUGUACGCAAAGCGUGCCAAGGUCGUCUCUGAGAUCCCCAACUUCUGGCCCCUCGUCUUCGAGCAGGCCCCCCCGGAUAUCGACGAGUACGUCCAGCCGACCGACUCAGCCGUCCUCCUGAGCUCCCUCAUCAACCUGUCCGUGGAGCGCUUUGAGCUGCCCAACGGCGACCCUCGCAGCAUCUCCAUCAAGUUCGAGUUCAGCGAGAACGAGUACUUUGAGAACAAGGUUCUCGAGAAGAAGUUCUGGUGGCGCCGCAACAAGGAUGGCUGGGCGGGCCUCGUCAGCGAGCCUGUCAAGAUCAACUGGAAGGCCGACAAGGACCUGACCAGCGGCCUGCUGGACCUCGUCUACCAGGUCUGGGAGGACGACAAGGCCGGCAAGGGUGACGACACCGAGGCCAAGAAGAAGCUCAAGAGCCAGAUGGAGAGCACCGGCCUCGACGGCGUCAGCUUCUUCGCCUGGUUUGGCUUCCGCGGCCUGAGCAUCUCCGAGGAGGAGAACCAGGCCGCCCUCAAGGAGGAGCAGGAGAAGCGCAAGGCCCGCAAGGAGGGCAAGGAGACCGAGGACGAGCCCGAGGACGAGGACGAGGAUGAUGAUGACGACGAGUACGAGAUGGAGAUCUUCCCCACCGCCGACGACCUUGCCGUCUGCAUCGCCGAGGAUCUCUGGCCCGGCGCCAUCAAGUACUUCUUGACGGCCCAAGAGCAGGAUGCCCUGAGCGACAUCAACUUUGAGUCUGACGAGGAGAUGGAUGAGGAUGAGGAAGAUGCCCAGCCCUCCAAGAAGCGCAAGGCUUAA